AUGCGGUACCGCGCGCCCCUCCCUUUCGGCAACAACUACCGGGGCCGCCUGGGGCACGGCGAGGGCCCUGCCUGCCGCGUGCCGCGGCGGGUGGAGGCGCUCGCGGGCGAGUUCGUGACGCAGCUGGGGCGCGGCGCGGCGCCGGGCGGCGGCGCGGCGGAGAACCUGCUGCCGCGGGCCGUGGCCCUGCCCGGCAGCGCCGCGCAGAUCGACUGCGAGCACCAGGUCUCCGCCGCGCUGCUGGCCGACGGGCGCCUGCUGGCCUGGGGCUGUAACGAGCACGGGCAGCUUGGCAUUGGCUGCAAGUCGAGCGACCGCCACGCACCCGAAGAGGUCAAGCUCGAGGUGCCCGUGGCCUCCUUUAGCCUAGGCUCGAUGUACGCGGGCGCUGUCGGCGAGGCGGGCGAGCUCUUCAUGUGGGGCUACGGCGGCCACGGCAACCUCGGGCUGGGCAGCCGCGCAUCCGUGGCGUCGCCCGCACUGGUGACGGGCAUGCCGGAGCCCGCGGCGCAGGUGGCCUGCACGCGGGGCCAGGAUGGUUGCAAGGGCGGGCUGAACCCGAAGGAGGGCGGCCAGGAGGGGCCGCACACCAUCGUCGUGGCCGCGUCGGGCGCCAUGUACACGAUGGGGACCUGCCACAAGGGCCUGCUGUGCAACCUGGGCUCCAAGGAUGGGGCUUUCGGGAAGCCGUGGGACGAGCUGCUCCCUUAUCGCGUGGGCGGAAAGCUGCGCAACGACUGCGACUGCCCGCCGAUGUCCCCGCUAGCGGUGUGGCCGCCGCCGUACGACAGCAUCUGCCCCGUCACCGCAGCCGUGUCCGCGCACAUCCACGCGGCGUGCGUCGACAUGAGGGGGGAGGGCAAGCCGCCGGAGGUCGACACCAUGAAGUGCUACAUGAUGGGCCCCCACCCGGUCGGCGUGGCGAGGCCCUUGUAUUGGAAGCACCGCAGCCUUCAGGGCUUCCGGGUGCUCGCGCUAGCUACAGGAGGCGGGGUCGUCCUGACCGGCAGGCGAACGCGGCUGGCCCCGACCCCGAGCACCGCGGCCCUCGGGGCCUCGAG